AUGGCAUCGGUGGAGAUGGGAAACAUGAGUAGGGGUACUGAUGACAGAGUAGAUAUGAUACCAGACCGACUCCCAGAUGGGAAGCCAGAAGACUGGAUCGAGUAUUUCAAGUUCAAGUACUCGAGGGACCCCGCAAGCGAUGCCCGUAACGCCCUGUUAGUGGUGGCGGCGCUCUUAGUCCAAGUCACCUAUCAAGCUGGGAUCAAUCCCCCGAGCUACAUAUCCAAUAAAAACGCCGGCGGUAAAGUUUCCACGGCAUCGUCCCUCACUGUUUUCGUGGCGGCCAACACUCUAAGCCUUUCGGCGGCAAUGACGAUGAUUGAAUACCUCACAGCAAACAUGCCCUACCAGAGAGAGAUGAGAGUAUCCAUGUUUUUUAUGUUGUUUGGGUAUGGCUGGUCUACAGCUAGCACAGAGCCGAUCACUGCAGCUAAGAGUGUCAUUAUCGUAGUCUGUGCCUUGGUACCAUAUCUAGUUAGGUCUCUACCUAAUCUGUUCAAGAAAUUUGUGUGA